AUGGCAACAACGUACCCCGGCGCUCCGAAUGGCGCGCCGCACAAUGGCAAUGCCAACGGGCCUGCCACCAACACCCAUACCGUUACGGCCCUGGGCAGAUGGUCCAUUCUGAACAAGCAGCUCCCAGCUGCCGACGCCAUCAAGGCCAUCCACGUCUACGAUUUCGACAACACCCUGUUCAAGACGCCUCUGCCGAACCCGAAGCUGUGGAAUGGCCAGACACUCGGUAGCCUCGCGUCCCCGGACAUCUUUAUCAACGGCGGCUGGUGGCACGACUCGCGCAUCCUGGCCGCGACCGGCGACGGCGUCGAGCGCGAGGAGCCCCGCGGCUGGGACGGCUGGUGGAACGAGAAGAUUGUGCAGCUGGUCCAGCUGAGCAUGGAACAAGACGACGCCCUGUCCGUUCUGCUCACCGGACGCUCGGAGCGUGGCUUCUCGGACAUCCUUAAGCGCAUAGUGGCGAGCAAGAAGCUGGACUUCGACAUGGUCGGACUGAAGCCCGCCGUGGGACCCAACAGCGAGCGCAUCACGAGCACCAUGAACUUCAAGCAGCUCUUCCUCGAGUCGCUGAUGGAGACGUACAAGAACGCCGAGGAGAUUCGUGUUUACGAGGACCGCAUCAGGCACGUCCAGGGAUUCCGGAGCUUCUUCACAGAUUACAACCGACGGCAGGAGGGAUACGGCGGACAGAAGACGCGCGGUCCCAUCACUGCCGAGGUCAUCCACGUCGCCGAGAUCUCAACCUUCCUGGACCCCGUCGUCGAGGUGGCAGAGAUACAGCAUCUCAUCAACAGCCACAACGCUCUACUGCGCGCCAAGCCGUCGUCGCAACGGGGUGGCAAGGGCCAAGGGCCCUUGAUCAUCAAAAAGACGGUCUUCUUCACUAGUUACAUGGUCGACAAGCCUGACACCAAGAAGCUGCUCAAGCUGGCCAACUUCCCCGCUGGAAGCGACCUCAAGGUACACGGCAACAACAUUAUGAUUUGUCCGAGGCCAUGUCCCCAGAGCAUUCUCGAUAAGGUGGGUGGCAUGGGCGCCAAGCUGAAGUGGAGGGUGACUGGCACUGCUUGCUUCGAGAAUAGUAUCUGGGCAGCAUCCGUCGAGCCCGUCCCCUCUAAUGCCAAGUAUCACACGGACAACCCGAGCCCGCUCGUUGUGCUUGCCCUCCGCAAGGGCGCGAGGCCCAUGGACGCGGGCAAGAUACAGAACUGGCAGCCUGUACCGCCCGAGAAGGCCCACGUGUUUGAGACUACCGUUGGCGAGAAGGUGCUGCUGCGCAUCGAGCCUGAGGACCCCAGCGAAAACGCGUACGAGAGCCUGUUCGCGAACAAGGCGUCCAAGCGCAAGCACACCGGUGAGGAAGACGGCCAGCAGUCGCGUCCCCGCGAUGGCAGUGGCAAUUUCGCUAACUCUCGCGGAGACCGGGGCGGCUUUCACUCGGGCGGGCGCGGCGGACACGGGCGCGGCGGCUUCCACAAGUCGGGAGGUGGUAACAGCACCCCGAGCCGAGGAUACCGCACAGGCCCACGCGGCGGAGGCCAUCAUAAGGGAGGCGGCCGCGGUGGACGUGGUGGAGGGCACAACUACCGGUCGUUGGACGACAUGGGCAGCCAAGGCCAGGGUGGUUUCGGGGGCCCCAAUGCGGCCAUGUACAAUGACAACUUUCCGUCGCUGCCCCAGGGCAAUGCCGGCUUCGCCCCGCAAGGGCAGCAGCCUCCAUCUGCCUCGUUCAACGCUUACCAACAGAACUUUCCCAACCAGGGCGGCGGCCCCGGUAGACCCAUCGGAGGUGCGGGUGGUGGACCUCCAGGACCAGAUCUGCAGAAUCUCUACUAG